CCUUUGGGUGCCAGUUUUGCCCCUGCUCCUAGAUGGCGCUAAAGCGACACCGAAGGUAAGACGAGAGUUUCCUGAGUGACUUGUCGUGUCUUCACCUGUCCAGACACCGACGGGUAAGUGAUUAACAUCGUCCUCGGUUUUUCUUUCCUCUCUGUUCCAUAAAGCAAAAGGAUGUAAAUGGCAGUAGGUCUUUCGGUUAAAGAUGGAAGCUUGGCUUGUCUCUUAACUUUCCGAUGUUUAAGCGGUCAUUUUGCGGGAAUGAUUUACCUGGAACUGCGAAUGGCACACAGUCCGUCAUGGAGCGACAUUCAGAAGCGCGUAUAACUGCGCCAAGCAGAUGAAGAAGACUUUCUGUUCGCAAGCGAAGCUCUGCAUCUGCACAAAUUCAGCGCACCGAGGAGAAAGGCCCUAGGAUAGCGCCAAACCAACACGUGCUGGGAUGUCAUUCCGAAGUACUGGUGGGGACCUUGUCCCCCAGGAUGUGGCACAGGUGGUGGCCCAGGUGAAACAGGCGAACCGAAGCAGGAAGCCACGUAUUGGCUCCAUCAUCCGGGCCUUCAGCUGGAUCAAGGGCAAAAGGAAGAGGAGGAAGAAGAAGAAGAGCAGUGUGCAGCACCGCAGCGGGGGUCUGGCUGAAGGUCACCAGCAAGUGUCUCCUGGCAAGGAGGAUGCUGUUCAUUCCACAGCAACACAGCACUUUCCAGAGAAUGUCUUUGUGGAAGGCUUCCGACCACAGCACCUGGAGGAGCUACACAGUGAGGCUCAGGAAGGGCUCAAGAUCCAGCAGCAGGAAGAAAAAGAGAAUGAAAUGGACUUCCAAGAUGACCAAAGUGUCAGUUCAUCUGUGGCCCUUCAACCAGAGGAUGACAGUUUUAGCCAGAGGAGGGAUUCACUGCAGUCCAGGAGCAUCGCUGCUGAAACAGCAUCUACCAUUUCCACACGAUCCAUAAGGUCAACACGCUCGAUACGGUCCCAAGGAUCUACAUUCCGACCACUCAACUUGGGGAAAGAAAGCCCAGGAGAAGACCCCCAGAGAAAAGCCCGGGGCACCACAGUCAUCCCCCAACACAUCCAGCAGGAGCUGGGUUUGGAUCGUGCAGCAUUGCCAAAGCACGUUGUGGACGGGCAGCUCUCAAACGGAGGAGACGCGGCCACAUCCUGCAGCCAGCAGUUGGCACAUGUUCACCUGCCAGGAGAGGAGCACCAGCUGCGAAGCCACAACCUACAGACAGCGCAUGGGGAGGAGGGGCAGCCUACGCAUGAGGUGGACCCCCAGUCACUGGCUGCCCCAGGAAUCACCACUGACGGCCUCCUCCAGACACCCCCCAGCCCCGUUAUGUAUAUCUCACCACAGGCCACCUAUCUGUCCAAGAUCAUCCCCAAUGCUGUGCUGCCAGUUGACGUGGAUGUGGUGGAGAUAAGCCGCACGCGGAGCCGCAGCAGCUUGCGCACACUCAGCAAAAGCAGCUUGGUUUCAGCUAGCCCUGCCCCCUCACGCGCAUCUGAGCAUUACAACCGAUACGACCGCUAUGAGCUAUCCUCUCGUGGCUCCACUUGGAGCAAGUCUGGCUCUUCAGACACUCUUGUGUCUGACUCCUCCAGUGCCUCCUCCCAGGGCAGCGGAAGCACACCUCGCGCCCCCAGCAGAGGAAGCAGUAUGCCAGAGAGGCACUGUAAGCCAGCCAUGGAUCAGGUUAGCAUCAUCAGUUCCAUCAGCUGCAUCAGCAGUACCUCUGGAAACCAGGUUGUCAAUGGAAAGAGGCCAGAGCUAAGAGAAAUCGCCAGCGAGAUGCGGCAGGACCGUUCCUCACUAAGAAGCCUGUCAGUGACCAAAACAAAAAGGGCGCCACCCCCACCACGAAGAACUAACUCACUGCACCAGGAAAAGUUCAAGUCACACAAUCAAUAUGCAGUGGACCUGGAGGGUUUAUUAGCAAAAACCGUGUCUCCCUACAGUGGUUACACCAACCAAGAUGGCACACCCACCAAUGGUACGAACCCUGGGUGCCCUAGAAACCAAAGGUCACAGCCUGCUAAACUGCCGCCAGUUAAGCUAUUGUCUGCGAUAUCAGAACCCAUCCAGGACACAACAACAGGCUGCCCCUAUGUGAUCCCAUUCCCAGGAAAUAAUGCUGCAUCUCCCUCAGCUGCUGUUUCACUCAAGGAUUUAUUUGACAUUCCGCAACCUCCACAGGUACAGGCACCACUGUGUCCACCCCCAGAGACAUGGCUGCACAACGGCCGCAUCGUGAGCCUAUUGUGUAGUCCUAGUGCCGGGAGGCCAUCAGUACAAGAGGAAUGGCAGCAGCAAAGCAAUGCUCCCUUCCCCAAAAAUGGAGAACUCUUCCACAAUGGGAUGACAGGUUUUUCUUCAGGAGAAAACAACACAUCCUCUUCCAUCAAAGGGGACCUGACAUUAAUACUUAGAGAUUCAAAAAGUGUCUGUGAAGGGAAGCCCAAGAAUACAGAUAUGCAGGAGAUAGAGCAGGAAAAGUCAGUGCUUCAGAAAGGGAGCCUGCUACAAGUUUCAAAAGAGAGCAGCUUAAAAGUACAUGAAAAAGAGCCUGAAGAAGCUCAGGCUCACCUCAGGACACUAAGGAAAGGAAUAUUCAGCCUGGGUGCUCAGAAAAAGGAAAAGGCAGAUCGACAGUCACACAAGAAGGAGCCAGCGAUGAAGAUGAGCAAGAAAGGUAGCUCUUCUCUCAGAGGACAAUCAGAGAAGGUGACAGAAGGUUCAAGACAUAGGAUGGGGAUGAACAUAGUUCCAGGACCAAAGGAGUCCUCAGUCACACUAACAAACGUAGAUACUUUAGAUUCUCUACAGGAUGAAAGGUCUAUACAGAUUCUCUCUGUUGAUGUUCCCAGGCCAGUCACAGUCUCCCCACCCCCAUCUCCUCCCCCAGCUCAUCUGCCCCCUCCUCCUCCUGCUGCUAGACAUACCCCAGUGUCCUCAGUUGAGCACCUGCCCCCAGAGACCAUAUCAAUCCCACCUCUUCUGCAGGAUAUUCCACCCCCACCAAAGCAAGCACCACCCCCACCCCCAGUUAUGAUCCCACCCACACAUCCUCUUACUGUAUUCCCUGAAAAUAUCCCACCACCGCCAAAGCAAGCACCACCUCCACCUCCAGCUUCAAUGCAUCCAACACCACCCCUUAACAUCACUCAGGAGUGUAUCCCUCCACCCCCAGUUACAAUCCCUCCGGCACCACCCCUUAACAUCACUCAGGAGCGUAUCCCUCCACCCCCAGUUACAAUCCCUCCGGCACCACCCCUUAACAUCAUUCAGGAGCGUAUCCCUCCACCCACAGUUACAAUCCCUCCGGCACCACCCCUUAACAUCACUCAGGAGCGUAUCCCUCCACCCCCAGUUACAAUCCCUCUGGCACCACCCCUUAACAUCACUCAGGAGCGUAUCCCUCCACUCCCGGUUACAAUCCCUCCGGCACCACCCCUUAACAUCCCUCCACCCACGGUUACAAUCCCUCCAGCAUCACCCCUUAACAUCACGCAGGAGCAUAUCCCUCCACCCCCAAUUACAAUCCCUUUGGCACGACCCCUUAACAUCACUCAGGAGCGUAUCCCUCCACCCACGGUUACAAUCCCUCCAGCACCACCCCUUAACAUCACUCAGGAGCAUAUCCUUCCACCGCCGGUUACAAUCCCUCCGGCACCACCUCUUAACAUCACGCAGGAGCAUAUCCCUCCACCCCCAAUUACAAUCCCUUUGGCACCACCCCUUAACAUCACUCAGGAGCAUAUCCUUCCACCGCCGGUUACAAUCCCUCCGGCACCACCCCUUAACAUCACUCAGGAGCGUAUCCCUCCACCCCCAGUUACAAUCCCCCUAGCAGCCCCCCUUAAUGUUCCCCAAAAGGGUUUGCUUCUACCCCCAAUUACAAUCCCUCUGGAACCACCCCUUAACAUCCCACAGGAAGGUAUUCCACCUCCACCCCCAAUUACAAUCCCGGGUGCAUCACUCAGUAAAAUCCCACAGGAGGGUAGUGCUCAUCCACCUCAGGUUACAAUCCCUCUGGCAGCACCCUACAAUGUUACCCAAGAGGAUAUCCCUCCUCCACCCCCUAUUACAGUCCCUCAGGCAUCACCCAAUGAUGUUCCUCAAGACAGUAUCCCUCCUCGACUCCCAAUUACAAUCCCUCAGGUAUCAGCCCUUUACAUCCCACCGGAGGGUACCCCUCUUCCACCCCCAGUUACAAUCCCCUCCUCAUUACCCCUUAAUAGUCCACAAGAGAGUAUCCCUCCUCCACCCCCAGUUUCAAUCCAGCCAGCACAACCUCCUAACGUCUCACAUGAGGAUAUCCCUCCUCCACCUCCAGUUACAAUUCCUCAGGCACCCCCUCUUAAAAUCCAACAGGGAGAUAUCUUUCCUCCAGCCCCAGUUAUAAUCCCUCCAGCACCUCCCCUUAGUGCUCCCCAACAGAGUAUCCCUCCUUCACUCCUACAUUCAAUCCUGCCAGCAGCACGUAUUAAUAUUUCCCAUGAGGGUAGCACUUCUCCACCUCCACCUUCAGGCCAAUCAGCACCAUUAUCUGACAUGCACCUUGCAACCCCUUUGCUUGAAGAGGUGAAAUCUAGUUCUAGAGAUCAGACGGUGCCUCCAGCGCAUGAUUGUAAGUGCAAAGACUUUGUGACAAUCAGCAAGAGCAUUCCUCUUCCAAAGGAGGACUGUAGCCUUCCCAUCUCUCCCUCUCUUCUCCAGAAGAUCCAACCGAACCACAUUCAGUUUUCAGACAGCCCAGAAGGAGGUGGCUCUGGAGUCAAUGGAACUGUUCAGGAACAGAGCAGUGCUGAUGGUCAAUGUGCGCCUAAGAAGCCAAUCUACAAGUUCCUGUCUGGAACAUCACCAUUGCCAACAAUUUCAUCUCCCCCAAUAGCAACUCCUGUCACUGUAUCUACUCUGCAAAAUGUAACAUCUACAACAGCCACCAAAAAGUCUAUGAUGCCCUCUGAUAUGCCCACACAGCCCGCUGUAACAUCCGCUCCACCCUCAAUAGCUAUACCUCCCAUGAUUUCAGGUCUGCCCAUCCUUACCCCACCCACCACAACACAAGUGACUGUCUCUUUGAAUGUGACACCUGCAGCAAUCGUUUCUGCUACAAAUCCUGCUCCAUCUAAUGGGACACCUGUUCAGUCCAACAUAAUGCCUGCUACAUCUGCACUUAUCUUGCCUCCAACAUCUACUCCACCCACCAGGACAUCUGCAAAGUCAUCAAUAAAAUCUAACCUGCCAAGGCUGGUACCUGCUCAAUGCUCUUUGAUGACUUUAGUAUCUGCAAAUAAGUCCACUGCUGCUACAGCCAAUACCCCCUCAAUGCGGCUUCAGGAAGCCAUCCGCAUGAAGACGGCGGCCAUGUCCACAAGAGAUGGGCCUAUGGCUCGACUCAACCUCCCAAUACCCACCUCCCCAUCAUCUCCACACUCACCAGAAGGGAGUGACCUGUACAAGUCGCCAGCCUCCACUGCUAGUUUCAUCUUCUCUAAGUCCACUAAGAAGACCAUCAUACAGGCACCGUCAUCCUCUGAGGAGCAGUCAAAUUUAGAUAAAGCUUUAACAGCGGGGCUGGGCUCUGACUUCCUUGGGGGGCACCUGGGAACCAGCAAAGUGCCACCACCUGUUGCCAAGAAACCAGCAGCACACUUCCCCUGCAGCUCAGACAAGCUGGGGAUCAAGAUGAAACCUGGUUUGGCCUCAAGUGCUGAGGUCAACAGGGCAGAAGAGCAAGAGAGAACAGCCAAACUGCAAGGAUAACCAAAGGGUGGCAGCGCAGGAAGCAGUGCAUCGCCUACAGCCGUGACUCCGGCAGUCAUUGCAGUGGACAAGCACAAGUAGAGGAAAAAGUCUCCAUGUCCUGAAUAAGGAGUAGUGGGGCUGCCUGUGGCCUAAGAAGUGCAGGUGGCAUUUUUCAUGCUGUAACUUUAUUUUGGAACAUUUUCUGAGAUGUAUAGAGCAAGUUCUCAAUAAUAACUUAACUUUAGUUCCUCCGAAUUUGGGUCUUAUGCUUGAUCAGGUCACUGUAGUGGUCAGACUGUGAACCACUGCAGGCAUAUUCUCUGUCUAUGUGUCCUUUAAAUAACACAAAGCUGUUUUUCUUGUCACAAAUAUGCACUUUUCUUUUGGGCUGCUGCUGAAAUGACUAUUUACAUUGUUUUACCUUCAGCAGUUGUACAUAUUAAUGUUUAUGUUGAUUAAACUUAAUUAGCAGACCCAAAAAAGGACACCAAAAGAAAUGAUCAUCCAGCAAUUUCUUUCUUGGCUUUAGUGGAAAAAUACUUUGUACUAUGGGGUAACAAUUAAUAAUAAUGAUAAUGUAUAUGACAAAGGACUUCAGCAUACUAAACCAAAUGAAAUGUGUUAAAAAAUAAAAAGGCACUUUGUUUAGCAGAA